GAGCCGGCAGAGGCGGCUCUAGGCGCUGUGGCGGCUGCUGUGUUUUGGGGCCUGGGAGCCGUGGGAGGAGCCGGCGGUCUCACCGUGGUAACCGCAGCGCCGCCGCGGCCCCGCCUUGCAGGCCUCAGGACUGUCACCGUCUUUGGGAGCCGGGGGAUUUUGGCCAUCUUUUCCGGAUACAGCCCCGCCGGUCGUCGUCGCUGCCGCCAUGCAAGGGGAGGACGCUCGAUACCUCAAAAGGAAAGUUAAAGGAGGAAAUAUUGAUGUACAUCCAUCAGAAAAAGCACUCAUUGUUCAAUAUGAGGUUGAAGCUACCAUUCUUGGAGAAAUGGGGGAUCCCAUGUUGGGAGAACGAAAAGAAUGCCAAAAAAUCAUUCGUCUUAAGAGCCUCAAUGCCAACACAGACAUAACGUCCUUGGCACGGAAGGUGGUGGAAGAAUGCAAGCUCAUUCACCCCUCAAAGCUUAACGAAGUGGAGCAGCUGUUGUACUACCUGCAGAACCGCCGUGAUUCCUCAUCAGGGAAAGAAAAAAAAGAAAAAUCAAGCAAGCCUAAAGAUCCACCACCUUUUGAAGGAAUGGAGAUUGAUGAAGUCGCUAACAUUAAUGACAUGGAUGAAUACAUUGAGUUGUUAUAUGAAGAUAUUCCUGACAAGGUUCGGGGUUCUGCUUUGAUCCUGCAACUUGCUCGAAAUCCUGAUAACCUGGAAGAACUACUAUUAAAUGAAACUGCCCUUGGUGCGUUAGCAAGAGUCCUGAGAGAAGACUGGAAGCAAAGCGUUGAGUUAGCUACAAACAUAAUUUACAUCUUUUUCUGUUUUUCCAGCUUUUCUCAGUUUCAUGGACUUAUCACUCACUAUAAAAUUGGAGCUUUGUGUAUGAAUAUCAUUGAUCAUGAAUUAAAAAGACAUGAGCUUUGGCAAGAAGAACUUUCUAAGAAGAAGAAAGCUGUUGAUGAAGACCCUGAAAACCAAACCUUGAGGAAAGAGUAUGAAAAAAGCUUUAAAAAAUACCAGGGGCUUGUGGUAAAACAGGAACAGCUCUUACGAGUUGCUCUCUAUUUGCUUCUGAAUCUUGCUGAGGAUACGCGUACAGAACUGAAGAUGAGGAACAAGAACAUCGUUCACAUGCUGGUGAAGGCUCUUGACCGGGACAAUUUUGAGCUGCUUAUUCUAGUUGUGUCUUUCUUGAAGAAACUCAGCAUUUUUAUGGAGAAUAAGAAUGACAUGGUAGAAAUGGAUAUUGUUGAAAAACUGGUAAAAAUGGUGCCUUGUGAGCAUGAAGAUCUGCUGAAUAUCACACUCCGGCUUUUACUAAACCUGUCCUUUGACACAGGACUGAGGAAUAAGAUGGUACAAGUUGGACUGCUUCCCAAACUCACUGCACUCCUAGGCAAUGAAAACUACAAACAGAUAGCAAUGUGUGUCCUCUAUCACAUAAGCAUGGAUGACCGCUUUAAAUCAAUGUUUGCAUACACUGACUGUAUACCCCAGUUAAUGAAGAUGCUCUUUGAAUGUUCAGAUGAACGAAUUGACUUGGAAUUGAUUUCUUUCUGCAUUAACCUUGCUGCUAACAAAAGGAAUGUACAGCUCAUCUGUGAAGGAAAUGGGCUAAAGAUGCUCAUGAAGAGGGCUCUGAAGUUCAAGGACCCCUUGCUGAUGAAAAUGAUCAGGAACAUUUCCCAACACGAUGGACCAACUAAAAAUUUGUUUAUUGAUUAUGUUGGAGAUCUUGCAGCCCAGAUCUCUAAUGAUGAAGAGGAGGAGUUUGUGAUUGAGUGUUUGGGAACACUUGCAAAUUUGACCAUUCCAGACUUAGACUGGGAAUUGGUUCUUAAAGAGUACAAGCUGGUUCCAUACCUCAAGGAUAAACUAAAACCAGGCGCUGCCGAAGAUGACCUCGUUUUGGAAGUGGUGAUAAUGAUUGGAACAGUGUCUAUGGAUGAUUCCUGUGCCGCAUUGCUAGCCAAGUCUGGGAUCAUCCCUGCGCUCAUUGAAUUGCUGAAUGCUCAACAAGAAGAUGAUGAAUUUGUCUGCCAGAUAAUUUAUGUCUUCUACCAGAUGGUUUUCCACCAAGCCACGAGAGAUGUCAUAAUUAAGGAAACACAGGCUCCAGCAUACCUCAUAGAUCUGAUGCAUGACAAAAAUAACGAAAUCCGGAAGGUCUGUGAUAAUACGUUAGAUAUCAUAGCGGAGUAUGAUGAAGAAUGGGCCAAGAAAAUCCAGAGUGAAAAGUUUCGCUGGCAUAACUCUCAGUGGCUGGAGAUGGUUGAGAGCCGUCAGAUGGAUGAGAGUGAGCAGUACUUGUAUGGCGACGACCGAAUUGAGCCGUACAUCCAUGAAGGAGACAUUCUUGAAAGGCCCGACCUUUUCUACAACUCAGAUGGAUUAAUCACCUCUGAAGGAGCCAUAAGUCCAGAUUUCUUCAAUGAUUAUCACCUUCAAAAUGGAGAUGUAGUUGGGCAACACUCAUUUCCUGGCAGCACUUUUCAUCCAAGGAUUCCAAAGUGCUUUACAAACAUGCACUAAUUAAGCCUCCCAAACAGCCAGAGCCUUGGCAUGGAUGGCUUUGGCCAGUCGGUGGGCGUUCUGGGCCGCCCGGCCACGGCGUAUGGCUUCCGCCCCGAGGACCCUUACUACUACGGCUGCGGAACGCGAUGAAGGCCGCCUUUCCGUGUGUGCUCUUAGAUUAGAGGAAGCAUGUGUGGGUUGGGGUGGCUUUGACUCUUGGGCUAAUAAUGCAUGUUGAUGCUAGUGCGGCUCUGUGUUCCUUUUUAUUUUUCGUGUUGUUAGCUGCAGAUUAACUCCACCCCUUUGGUCCUGUGCAACGUACAGUGGAUGCUUGACACUGCUCACUCAUCAGACCACCUCUUGAUGCUGGAUAGCGUUUCCCAUGAGACUCAAAAACGAAUCCUGAAAAGCAACUAACUAUACUGGAAAACAGACACUACAUUAUGUACAUUAAGUGACGAAUUUAAUUUCUAUUAAAAAGCAUAAAGUACAAAUGAAUUAGAGAAGGUCAUGUAUUUCUAUUUAAUGUGUUUCAUGAGGAGCUACAUGCUUACAUAGGGUGCACGUGAACUUUAUUUUUCCCUGCCUCCUUUCCCCACUUACAGACACAAGCAUUUCAUGUGAUAUGUGCUACCCUGAAAAUGUAUUAAAGGAUGCCACAUUUUUAUUCCUUGCCAUGUGCCUAAAAGGUUGCUUCCCAAAGUUAUUAACUAGGACUUUUCAAUGAACCAUGGAACGUGUGCUGUAAGUUAUGUGAUAUAUGAGUACUGUCUCCUCAGCCAUUGAAAUUCAUGUCUUUAUGAUUUUAACAUAGAAAACCUGGGGCAUCUAUUAGUAUGUAUGAAACUAGACUAGUAUUAGGCUUUUAAAUUUUAUUAUUUGUGAAAUACAAAGUAUGGGGAAGCUAAUUAUAAGUCUCACUGAGGAAAACUAAGGAACAAUAUUUUGCUUGCUAUAAUUCAUGUUAUAAGAUAGAUUUAGUUAAUAAGAAAUGGAAAGACAUUCUAAUUAAUAAUGAGUUUUGAAAAUAACUCAGUGUUACAAUGCUGAACAGUUACUUAAAGCAAAUAAAAUGGCCACAAUCAAUAGAUAUUUUCUUGAGCACUUGCUGUGGAAGGAACUUCGGAGCCUUUGGAGGGAAUGCCCAGGUCAAAGGCAACUUCUGUCCUUCAGGUUUAAGUUUCCUUGACCUACCCCACUAUCAGCUUGAUCUAUAUUUUAAGUAUAGAAUAGUAACGUGGAAAGAGCCUUUGCAGUAACUCAGCCCAUCUACCUAUUUGAGAAACCAAUCACAUGAAAGUUUUGAAAUAUAAUCAACAGAUUUUUAUAACUACCUCCCAUGUUAAGGAAAUGCAUAUGAUGCUCUGUGAAUGUAAGAUAUGAUUUGUGUCUUUGAACUGACAGCCUAAUUGUUCUUUCUGAAAACAUACAUUUGUCAGGGUUUUUUUUUUUUUCUCUUUUAUUGAUUCUAGAGAGAGGGGAAGGGAGGGAGAAAGAGAGAAAGAGAGACAUCAACGUGUGGUUGCAUCUUGCAUGCUCUUCAGCUGAGGACCGAACCAUGUGCCCUGACCAGGAAUCGAACCUGCGACCUUUCCCUUUGCAGGACGAUGCCCAAACAACUGAGCCACACUGGCCAGGGCCAUCUUAGUUUCUAUUUUAAUCAUAUAAUAUUAA